AUGACGUGGCAGUUUCGUGGCGCGUGUCAGUAUUUGACGUUCUUUGGCCUCUUUGUCGGCCAAGGAUGCUUGUGGCUCAGCGUUGGCGACGAUAUUACGAUGGCGCCUCCGACGCCCGGCGUCUUUACGCUGACGUACACGUUUCAGCGACCCCAGUACGGUCUCUGGCUCUGGUUCAAGUUUGGAUACCGCUGCGGCUUGCUGAGUCUGGUCUUGAUCAUGACCUGGCGGCGGUACUACCGACACUGCAUUGAGCUCCAGCAUAUCGUACGCGCGCUCGGGCAUGCUUCGCCGCGCCCCGACGACGACGACUGGUGCUACGAACUCGUCCUUGGCGAUCCGACGGCACUCAUUUUGAUGGACCCGGGCAUUUGCGGCCUCUUCUCGAUCGAUUUGUGGCUCAGCGCCCAAUACAUGGGUAUUUCCAUGGUGCGCGCGGCACAAACCGCCAAUCUCUACAGCCUUUUCUUUGGGUUCUUGUACUAUUCCCGCACGGUCUGGUUUGCCUAUUUUGCGCUAGCGGUGACGUCCCACGCACUCAAGCGCUUCCGAAAGGAGCACUUGUUUGCUGAUGUGGACAAGACAUUGGUGGCCAUCGCGGUUGCGUGCAGCAACAUUCCGCUCACGUAUGUGCAGACGCACACGCCCUUGGUGCGAGUGUACAUGUGGCUCUUUGCAUGUUUGCCGUCAGCCGACCCGUACCACCAAGUCGACGUUGCGAUUGGUUGCAUCCUGCUAUCCCUCAUCAUAGCCAGCGUGCCGGUGAGCUAUGGCUUUGGGUACCGCGCCUACCGAGCGCAACGAAAACGACAAACGCCCAACGCAAGGUACACGAGCCAAGCGUUCAAUGGUCUCAAAACACGUUCUGUCUUGUGUCUCGUGCGCGCCUGUGGGCGGCGGUACCCGAAAAGCAUGCUCGAGUCGGGCGGCUCCGUGUACGCGGCAAUCGAAGCUGACCCACGCUACGCCCAGCACCCGACGCUGAGCCUCCGCAGCGUCGACUGCUACCUCGUCUGCAAGAAGCGACGCGUACCAAAGCAGAUGAUGCGACUCAGCCUCGCGUGGAGCUUGGAUCGCAACCUCAGCGAUCCCGCAAUGGCCAUCCUCGACGACGAGACAAUCGCCGGCCGGACCAUCUUUGAUCGACUCGAAACGACGCCCCAUCUCGGCACACUUCGGUCGACCUUCAAGCUACAGCUCGGUGUCGCCAAGAGCGUGUGGCUGGCGUAA